CACUCACAGUAGCGGCAGUAGUUGCUUUUUCUUUGAUUUGAUUACGUAGCCUAAAAUUGUACUUUUAAAAAACACGAUUUCCAAUCCCUAAAAAAGCUUUUCAACAAUGGCGAUCAGUUCGCCAUCAGCUCCAUCUUUCUCUAUCUGCUGUAAUAAUAAUGACUACUCAACAACUCCAUCUCGUCGUUCAUUCAAUUUCUCGCCGAUCCAAACAACUCGCCGAUUAUUCAAUUUAUCUUGCCAGCUCAACAACUCGUCGUCAUCUAACGGCUUUGACGGUGACGGCGAUCUCCGUCACGAGCUUCAACACGGCGUUUCAACUCACCAACGCCGUCGAGGUUCGCCCGUCUUCGUCACUCUUCCGGUUGACUCCCUCAGCUUUCCGGCAGGUAUGAUGAAGAGGAAGAAGGCGAUGGCGCAAUCGUUUCGUGCUUUGACGGCGGCUGGUGUUGAGGGAGUUGUGAUGGAGGUAUGGUGGGGGCUAGUGGAGAAGGAAUUGCCUAGGGUUUAUAAUUGGCAAGGGUAUUUGGAGAUUGUGGUGUUGGCUAAACGUUGUGGUUUGAAAGUUAGAGCGGUCAUGGCAUUUCAUCAGUGUGGUACUGGGCCUGACGAUCCCUUCUGGAUUCCUCUUCCUCAGUGGGUUUGUGAAGAAAUGGAUAAAGAUCCAGAUUUAGCAUAUUCAGACAGGUUUGGUAGACGGAAUAUGGAAUAUAUAUCCCUAGGGUGUGAUGUUCUUCCCGUUCUGCAUGGACGAUCUCCAAUCCAAGCAUAUGCUGAAUUUAUGAGGAGCUUCCGCGACACCUUCAUACCAUUUCUUGGUGGCGUCAUAACUGGGAUCCAAGUUGGAAUGGGCCCUGCUGGUGAGUUGAGAUAUCCUUCAUGUCCUAUACAGAAGCUGGCUUGGACUUGGCGCUCACGUGAACUUGGCGAAUUCCAAUGCUAUGAUAAGUAUAUGCUUGCAUCUUUAAAUGCUUGUGCUGGGGAGAUAGGAAUGCGUGAGUGGGCCAAUGGCGGACCUAUUGGUGCCAGUAAUUUAAUGCAAGAUCCUGAAAGCACACAGUUUUUCAGAAGUGAUGGGUCUUGGAACACGCCAUAUGGAGAGUUCUUCCUUGCAUGGUACUCAGGGAUGUUGCUACUUCAUGGUGAGAGGAUUUGUAGGGAAGCAGAGACCAUAUUCCGUGGUCUUGAAGUUAAUUUGUCAGGGAAAGUGGCUGGGAUUCACUGGCAUUAUGGUACACGAUCUCACCCUUCAGAGCUAACAGCUGGCUACUACAAUACAUCAAUUCGAGAUGGUUUGCUGCCAAUUGCACGCGUAUUUGGUAGGUAUGGUUUCACCAUGUCCUGUACAUGUUUCGAAAUGCAAGAUGCAGAAGAGCAGCAGAUGAAUCCUGUCAGUAGUCCCGAAGGUUUUGUAAAACAACUAUUACUUGCCGCUAGGAUAUGUGACAUUCCCCUGCAAGGUGAAAACUCUGCAAGUACCUUGGAUGACGGAUCGUUUCAACAGGUAUUAAGGAUGUCUAAGUUCUACUCAGAUGGUCCAGGAACACCAACCUUUUCAUUCAAUUUUGUCAGGAUGGACAAGAACUUGUUUGAAUAUCGGAAUUGGGUUAGCUUUACUCGUUUUGUGAGACAAAUGUCAGAUGUCAAAAGUUUUCGAGCCAAGCUAGGAUUCGGGGAAGGUGAUAUGCCGCUUUCGUCUUUAUCAGCAUCCGCCACUGCUGGAGCAGUUCUUGCUUAUUAGGAAGAAACUUCAACCUGCAAGCGUGUUGCUAAUGCUAAUUGCGUAUUCUCACCCUCAACAAGUCAAGGGUGUGUAUAUCUGCAGCAUCUUCAGAUCUAUUAUUAUAAAUUGCGUUGCAAAAGCUUUGUCUUUUUCACGUAAUAUUUUUGUCCUUAAACUGUAAUGAUUCGCUAUCAGGUUGAAAAUGAGUAUUUCCUUGUAUUAA